CGGCGAAAGGAAGUGGACGGGAGAGGUCCUGUUGAAUUUCAAAGCAAAUAAGUUAAAUUAUAUAUUUAAAUGGCAUUCUCGGUCUUAGUGACUGGAGCCAAUCGUGGUAUUGGCUUGGAGCUAACGAGACGCCUGGUAUCUCAAUCUGGAACUGAUCAAGCCAAGCAUGUAUUUGCCACUUGCAGAAAUACCGGUGAUUGUAAGGAUCUUGAUGACAUCAAGGAAAAACAUGACAACCUCCAUAUCUUAGAGCUUGAUGUGACCGACGAGGCGAGCUACCCGCGCCUGGUAAAACAGGUGGAACAGGUGGUCAAGGGUGACGGCCUGAACUUGCUCAUCAACAAUGCCGGCUUUGCCAACAACCAGCCGCUGCACGAGCUCACCUCGGAACAGAUGAGGCACAUGUAUGACGUCAACUGCAUCGCGCCAAUCAUGCUCACAAAGGCGUUCCUGCCGCUGCUGCGGGCGGGGUCACACGCCAACCCGGACCUGAGCGGGGAGAUCAUGUGCUGGAAGCGCGCCGCGGUGGUCAACAUCAACUCCAGGAUGGGGUCGAUCGCCGACAAUGGCAUGGGCAAGUUCUACGCCUACCGCGCCAGCAAGGCGGCGCAGAACGCAGUAACGCGCUCACUGGGGAUCGACCUGCGACCCGAGCGUAUCCUGGUGGUCAGCGUCGACCCCGGCUGGGUACAGACGCGCAUGGGCGGGCCCAACGGCAAGAUAUCGCCGGAGGAGAGCGCGCGCCGUAUCGUCAGCACCCUGUCCAAACUGGGUCCCGAGCAUACGUCCACCUACAUGGACAACUUGGGCGAGCCGCUUCCUUGGUGAGGUGCGCGCCGGGAGAAGAAUACCCCUAUUUCAUAUACCUCCACGGCCCCGACCCCAAUGGCCGGUCCUGGUUCACUCUGAGAAGUCUGAGAGGUGCCAGUGAGCAGGGCAAAUGUUAAGGUCUGAAGCUCAGGUCGGAAACAUUUGUACGAAACCGAUUAGUUGUGUGAUGUCCUUUAGUCCGUUGUUUUAUGUUACGUUAAGAAAGAAUCGAAAUAUUUUAUUCUAUUGCUGAGCUUACUGGGAUAGACGUGAAGCAUAUUUUGACUUUCUAGUAUGUUUUGUGCACUGUUUUCAGAGUCUCUAAUUCUAUUGCCCUUCAAAUAUCAACGAAAUCGUCUCCAUGCUUUCAAACAUUUCACUCAUGUGUCGUACGUGAACUAAAAUAAAUAUGUUUCGUAUUAAAA